GCUGGCUUGCUGGCUCGCUCACUCGGGGAGGCGUCCAUCCAGCGCCAUCCGUAUCGCCACCCCUGCGUGCCUUUUUCUGAACAAUCACGAAGCAUUUCCCAUGACCUGGCGCAGAAAUAGCGAAAUAGCAUUGUGGGUUUGGUGCAGAAUUCCUUUUUCGCGGUUAUCCCUCACCUCUCACCGACCCUGUUUCUGCAUUCACUGCUGAAUUCUUAGUUUGCUGCAGCUGAAACGCGAGAUUCACGACGACAGCCUCGCCAAUCUCUGAGCUGGGGAGGAAGUUGAUAAGGAUUGCACCUGGAAGAAAUUGAAGGGAAAGGAGGGUUGCGGGGCAGGUGUGAUUCUGAGUGGGUUGACGGGAAAUUUUAGUGGUAGGGAGAGAGAGAGUGGUCGCGCCAUGGCCACCACCUCCAGCCAGUUGCUGUGUACUUCGUUCUUGGGUCAGGCGGCAUUGCCGAUGAGAUCAGGUUUCGCGGGCGUCAACUCCGGGAGGAGCACCUGCAGAGUGACUUGCGCCUGUAGUUUGAGUUCUGCGGUGCGGGAGAGUUUGAAGAUGGCUGUGAUUAUUCCUGUUGCUGCUUUCACCGUCUUCACCGCAUCGCCACAAGCUGACGCUGGGAUAUUAUCCGGAGCAUCAGGCAUGGAAUCUGUCCAGCUGCCGCCAAUUCCAGAACCCGGAUUCCUGAAGCAAUUGCAAGAUGACAAGAGGAAAAUGUACGAAGGCCAAGACGAGACGUUCAAGAAUUCAUCUUAUCUUCAAGAAUUGCUCAAGAAAUCCAAAGACAACGCUGCCUUGCACAAGAAGGAGAUCGCUGACAAAUACUGCGAGCGAGGAGCAGAAUGGGGGGUGGGCGAUUGCUCGCUGAUGGGGAUGACUCAAGAGCAGAAAGAGAAUUUCAUGAAGGUGUUGAAACAGAAGUAGAAAGCAAACAACACCGCUCCUAAUCACUUAGUAUCAAAGUUUUCAGUACUUUUACAACGAUUCAGGUUUAUGCUUGAAUGAAUGUCUUUUGACAAGGUAGCCAUAGGAGUAGAUUUGACCAUUACUUAAAUGCAAAGUCUCUCGAUUUGAAUCGAGUCGACAUAAACAUGAGACAACGGAACCUAGAGUCUUCUGGCAAUUUGCUCAAUCUUAGGAUUGUUUCUGGAUGUGUUUAAUGAAAUGAAGUACCACAAUGUUUGGCA